AUGUCAGAAGAAGAAGAGGAAGAAUACUUUAAUAUAAAUGCUGAACAUCAUCCAAUCUGUGAUUAUAAUGAAGAUAGAUAAUAACACAAACAAUAAAAUAAUAAAGUUUUGUUAAAUUUGGGAGUAUUUGCUCUCCUUAUAGCAAUUUCUUCAUUGAUCUUUAUGGGUUGGUUAGCUAAGAAAUCAAGAGAAGAUCAAAAACCUAAUAUCUUACCAUUUCAUAAUCCUAAUAAUCGUUCAGAACUUUUAUGUCCACUUAAUACUUCUUUUGAUACUAGUAAAUUCAGUUGUAUGAGUUGUUCCUAAAAUUGUGAAUAUUGUUAUCAUGAAUAUAAAUAGAGAUGUGUUUAAUGUAUUCAUCCAUACAAAUUGAAAUAAAAUUAAUGUGUUGAAGAUUGUGUAUCAAUAGAUAAUGUUUGUAUAAAUACAACAUCAGAUUUGCUUAAUUUAUAUAAUUAUUCAAUAAUUGAUUUAGGAACAGAAUUAAGAAUAAAUCAAUUAUUUUAAGUUGAAAUUCACACUCAUCUAUAUGAAAAUUUAUAUAUCAUAUUCCCUCCACUUGGUUAAUCUUUUAAUUAUUUUUAUGAUUAAGUUAAAUUACCUGAAUUGGCUUAAUAAUUGAAUGCAACACUUUUUGUAUUUUCAACUCCAUAUACAGAAGUAUUAUAAGUCUAACAAUUAUCAGAUUCAAUUGAUGAAGAAUUUAGGUAUAUAGAAAGAGUUCAUGACUUUAUUAAACCAUAUUUAUCAAAUAAUACUAAGACAAUCAAUAUUAUUGGUUUAGGAGAAAUGCUCUUCUUUGCUCAUCGUUUAUCAACAUUAAUGUAUCAAAUAUAUACAAUUUUUUAGAGUUAAGAAAAUGCCUGUCUCCUUUGAUACUAAUAUUACAGUUAUUUUAAUGCAAACUUUGUAAAUCCCACUAUCAGAAUCUUUAAAUUUAAGCUUCAUGUAAUUACAGCAUUUACUGGCUUAUAUUGAUUAGGGAUGGGACAUAUCGCAUAAAGAAAAUAAGACUGAUCUUAUAGCAAAUAAUGAGGAUGACCUCUUUUCUUAAAUUCAGUAGUUUCUCAUACAUCUUAGCUUUAACAAUUUAGUAAAUCCAUCUUACAACAUGAAGAUUAAUGUUGUAGUGAUUUCUGAAAAAGGAUGCAAGGAUAUAUCAAAUUUAUAUGAAGAUGGUUUCAAUGCCAAAAACUUUAUGCAAAUAUUCUUAGAUGACAACCAUUUGGCAACUUAAUUUGCAAAAUUAAUCAGUCUGUAAUGA